AGCCCAGAUCGCAACCUGGGCGAGUAGCGCGCGCGUGGCGUCGCUGCGGGGAAGUUUGGAUUUCACUUCAUUUUUUUAAUUUGCCUUGUUAUUCAUUCUUUUAACGCGAAUUGCAAACGCACACACACACGUAUAGAAAGUAAGUAAAGGUGCAGAGCACCAUUUCAAGUCAGUGAUGUCGAGCAGCGGGCUAGCCAUCAGCGUCCCCCACGCUGAAGAAAUCGCUGUUUUUGCCCAACUCAAGCCGGUGGCCAUGGCCGUCGGCGCCUCCGAGGAGCAGUCGGUGUUUGAAGACAUCAAACCGCCGGUCAGGAUGAUGGAGACUCAGCACGAAAUGGGCCAGGCCAAUAUAUAUCUGAGCGAAGAUGCCAUUAAGCCAACAGGCUUACUGAAAUCACAGUUAUUGCAACUGCUGCAAACAACUACAUCUCCAAGUCAAGUAAAAUUGGAAAUGGACAAGUAUCUGACACCGCUAAUUCCACCACCUAUGACAAUUCUGGACCAGAAGAAGUACCGAAGAGAGAGUGCCUCAGUAAUAGAUGAGUUCUUUGAGGAGCAGAUUACAUCACCAUACAGCUUGAAUAUCAACCUAAUUCUGCCUGAAAUCACACACCUGAGAACAGGCCUUUACAGAUCUUCAAAACCAGUUCUCCCACAAGUAAAGACAGAACAGGCCACUAACUUCACCCAGUCAUGCACAUCCAGUACGACAAAUGCCCUGCCUGAAUUCACCAGUGUGUUCAAUGUGCCACAGUCAGUUCCUGUGAAUAAUAUCUUCAUCAAGCAAGAAGCCCUGUCCCCAGAACUACCACUCCCUGUCAGUUCACAUCAACCUCAGAUGUACCAAAUGCCAAUGAAUACAGAUGUUGUCAACAUGCCUUUGAGCUCUAACCAGUCACUUGGCAACACUACAGUUAUUCAUAGUCGUAACAGUGUUACCAUGUCAACAGGCAUGGGUAGACCAAACAACCUGUGUUCUCAGUCUUCAAUUAAACAUUUUCAACCCGUUGUAACCACACCAAAUGGCUAUGUUGUGCCAGCCCAUUAUUAUCGGCAACAGACUUCAUACUUGCCACCCUCACCACCAAACUCCCAACCUGGCAGCCCAGAAAACCAGCCUGAUCUUAUCAAUACACUCUCGCCACCACCAUCAUAUGCUGCAUCAGUGGCAUCAAAGAUCCAUCAUUCACAGAUUCAUAAUCUUCCGACUACUUUGCAGUCCUGCCAAUCUAACUUCCAGCAAGCAAAAUACAGUCGACGUAACAACCCUGAGUUGGAGAAGAGACGCAUUCAUCACUGUGAUUUUCCAGGUUGUGCUAAAGUUUACACCAAGAGUUCUCAUUUGAAAGCCCAUCAAAGAACCCACACAGGUGAAAAACCAUACAAGUGUACAUGGGAUGGUUGCGAUUGGCGCUUUGCUCGUUCUGAUGAACUUACAAGACACUACAGAAAGCACACGGGAGCUAAACCUUUCAAGUGUAUUGCCUGUGGUCGUUGCUUUUCACGUUCAGAUCACUUGGCUCUUCACAUGAAGCGACACCAGAACUAGACCAAGUGGCACAUGUGUGACGGACUGAUUUCUAAAAUAUACAGAUGAACAAAGUACUGCCAUUUCACACGUAGAAAUACAGGAGAUGAAUAGCUGCAUAUUUUUGAAAGGAUAUAUUGUUAGUAGCAAAAAGUUGUUUAACUGGAAAAUGAUUAUUGAAAGCAUUCAAUUCACAGAAAAAGUAAAUGUUGUAUUAUUUAUUUGUAUUUCCUGAUAGCAAGCUUGAAAUGUUGUAGAAAACAUGAUGAGUAUGUUGAAGAAUAACAAUACAUUUCUAUUCAAUGUAUGAAUUAAAUUGUUGGAAUGUGAACUUGGAAUUUGAUUAGCUAAUAGUCAUGGUUAAAUAGCCAGAUAAUUAAGGGAUGAGACAGCACCCGAUGCACCUGCAGCCUGGAAAUUACUGAGAGCAGUGUUAUCAUACAACUAACACUAUCUGACCUUAGCAUUCCCUCCACUUUUUAUUAACAGAAAAGUUUAAUUGUUUUGAAAAUAAGUUGUCAUCCAGUGAAGAGAGGAGUUUAAUGAGAAAGAUACAGAGAAGCUCCAGGUUGAAUUGGACUGGUUGAAAGAGUGGUUAAAUAUGUGGCAGAUGCUGUAUAAUAUUGAUCACUAUGACCUUCUCCAAUUUGGUGGCAAAACGUAAAAGCAGAUUAUCUGAAUAACGCUAGACUUGGAAAGGUGGUAGUAUAGUGAGCUCGGAAUAUUUUCGGUGCCAUUUGCUGAAGUAAGCUUGCAGGUGCAGCAGGCGAUUAAGAUGACUACUUGUACGCUCCUUCAUUGUGAGAGGAUAUAUAGAGCCUUGGUGAGACGAUAUCUGUGUGCAGUUUUGGACUCUUUAUCUGAGGAAGGAUGUUCUUUCAAUGCAGACAGUUCAGCAAAUGUUUACCAGGCUGAUUCCUGGAACGGUAGGGCUGACAAAUGAAGAAUGGGUCCACUAGAGUUUAGUAGAAUGAGAGAAGAUCUGAUAGAAACCCAUACAAUUCAAACAAUUUUGGACAGAUUAGAUUGCAAGAAAGAUGCUCCCAAUAGCAGUCUGGGGGUCACAAUCUAAGGUUAAGCCACUGCAAUAAGAAACGUCCUCUUCACAGGGUUCUGACAAUGCAGAGUUUUCUGCAACAGAAAAUAAUUGAAAUCAAAACAUGAAAUAUAUACAGUGAGGAGUUAUACAGUGUAUACAGGAACAAGGAUGAGAAAGAUUUAGAGGGAUAUGGGCCAAAUAGAUGGGGCAGCUUGGUUGGCAUGGACAAGUUGAGCCAACCGGCCUGGUUCCAUGCUCUAAGACUCUAUGACAGUGAGGAGUUAGAUAUUGUUUAUCAGACACGAGGGAUUGAGGCAUAUGGGAAGAAAGCUCGAAACAAAUACCACAUUAGGAGGAUCGCAAUGAUCAUAUUGAAUGGCAGAGGAGACUGGAAAGAUUGAAUAACCUGCUCAUCUUUUUAUAUGUUUCUAAUAUGAAAAUGUUAAGAUGUUUGGACAGUCAUCUGCAACCUCCCUGGGUGAAUAGCCUGUCCUGAAGGGAGCUCUGCUGAGAGAAUCUAUGCCAGAAAAUUGAAACUAUAUCCAUCGAUUACACACAGAGCACUGGACUACAGAAUUGCCCCUGAACAGUUAAUAAAUGUAGUAUGUAUACAUUAAACUUUCAUGUAAUGGCGUAAUUUAGCCAUUUAUCGGCUUAUUUUGGCAAAAACAAUAUUUUAAGGACAUCAGGGAAGAUAAAUAGAAUCAGAUGUCAUUCAUAAAGUCAAAGAUAAGGCACCUCAUUUUAGAUAACGACAUUGCUCACAUCGACAUGGUUUGCCUGCAACUAAUGUACAAUGGGUCGAUUCAGGAGAGCUUCUCUUGUCAACUCUGCAUUCUUUCAUGCGAUUUGAAUGGCUGUGACUAUCCCAGGCUUUACAUCACACCUGAGACUUAAUUCCUUGCUUAUAUUUUAGAAAAUAAUGUUAGUGAGUUUCUCCAACAAUUAUUAUAGUGGUAAAAGUUGAGAAAGAUGUCACAGUUAGCAACUUAACGCCGGGAUUAAUUCCUGCUAAAUAUUAGCUCUAUGUUUUGUGCCAAGACUCUUGCUUAAAAUAUGAUGUUACUUUUUUAUUAUUUUGGUGUAUAUGAACUGCUGAAUAUUAACUGCAUUGACAAGGGCCAUUUGAAUAUGGACAAUUUGCCUUAAGUACACAUGUCCUCUACUGAUCAUUGUGGGACAGGGAAUUUUUAGAAAGCAUUGGAUUUAAUGCAUGCUAAAAAUAGCUUUUUAUUAUAACUACUAAUGGCCAUUGGCUAAUCAAACUAUUGUAACCUCAUGAAUUGAAGCACUAUGUGGGAUUUGCAUCCAACUAUUUCUAUGCUGACUAUUGUAAUAUUGUUAAAGAUUUUAAAUCAUUUCUACAUUCUGAUUUUAUUCAAGGAUAAUUUGAUCUCUUUAAAUUUUCCUGCUAUUUUAAAUACCAGUUAGCUAGCUUUAACAUUGAUCGUUUGAAAUUUGUCAUGACACUGAACUGAUCAACAUUAUGAUCAAUACAUUUAUUCACUAGCAAAAUUACACAUAUGCCCCUCAGGUAAUCGUGACACUGCUUUAACCAGGUUUAACUGGAUGCUCACAUAUACAUAAUGUAUGUCCCUGUGGACAUAUCCUAAUAUUUUUCAGCACUUCAUUUCUCCAAAAAAACUUAAUGGAAAAUAUUAGAAAUUAUAUACUAUAUGGAUAUCUAAUAAAUUGCCGUAAGUAAACUGAAAAUAAAUUAAUGACGUGCUUCUAACUGUAUUAUUUUUUAAAGUACACACAUUGUUGAUCACGUUUGUAAAUGUAAAUGUGUAACAUACUGCAGUUAUCAAAGUUUCUGAAAGUGAGAAGAGAGUUGAUCAGGUAUGAAAGUGAGAAUCAAAAUGGAGGGAUUUGGGGAGAAUGAGAGUGAAAAGACCUGUUUUCACUCGCCUUUACCCUUCCCCAAUCCCAAAUGGACCCAUAAUAAAGGAAGUUGAUUCCGAGGCAAUUUAGCUGCUUCUGGCCUGGACAUGAAAAAUGGCUCUUUAGAUGAGUUAUCUAAGGGCGACUGCCAAGUAAGGGACCCUGUGUCAGGUCAGACUUUCAAGCCAGGAAAUGAGAUAAUUAUAGAAGAAACAUCAAUUUUAAUGAAUCAACUUACAGAGAAAGUGAUAGGGUUUAGACAGACCUCAACGUUAGUAACAACACUGAUAACAUUAAUUGAAUGAUCAGCCGUUUGGAUUGCUUUCAAUUAAGAUAAUUAGCAUAGAUAAGCUGGAUUUACACUGAGGGAGUAAAGAGCAAAAAUUCCUCAACCCAUAUGAAAGAUUGCAAAAUAUGACAUUUGGGGGCACUUAAUUAAGUAUAAUUAGCCAACUAAAUCCACAUUCAUUCGAUGUUACACAAGAAGCAUGCAGCGUGAUUAUUACUGUUGAGUUGUGUGCCAUUGGAUGAAAGGUUUACAACUUGUGGAACGACGUUUAUCUUUUUUUUAUCAAGUACCCAAAGAAACAAUGGCAUGUAAAUAUUGGGAUAUUUUGCAUUGUAUAUAAUUUUUAUAAGUUGUUAAAAUAAUGUUUAUAUUCAGAACAAACGGGAAGAAAAUGGUGGUAGUUUUAAUCUGUUAUCACGUAUUUUUUAUAAUGUAGCAUUUCACAGAAUCAAAAGAAUUAAUGUUUUGAAAUAAAUCUUAUAUACAGUGAUUUGGGAUUUUGUUAAGAUCUAUAUUGUACAAUAUGAGAAAAGGAACAAAAUAAAAACUGUUUAUAGUUUGAACUGUAA